AUGUCUCUCGUGGUCGUUCCUAAUGCUGAGCUUUUACCCUGUGGCGCAAGCGAUGUCCAAGGCUCACUGCAAGCGAGGGAAACUGGCGCAGUGUUCCAUUUUGACCGAGAUCAUUCUCAAAAUUGGAUACCAGGCAAUAACGUUCCAAAGACAAAGUUUUUCUUGGAAUUUGAAGUCUCAUAUUCCUACCUGCUCGACACGGACCUCAAGAAGUAA